AUGGCGUCCUCGGGCGGCGGCGGCAUCCCGAACGAGCGCCACGCGGGGCAGCGCGUGAAGCCCGGUCAGAAGUACCAGAACCGCGAGGGGUUCAAGGCGCACAGGAACAUGAAGCGCGCUGUCCGCGACGUCGACGCGGAGAACGACCUGCGACAUCGCGCGUGCCAGGGCGUCUGCCGCCGAUGCGCGCAAAAGGCACGAGAGGCGGUCCCGUCGGAAUCGCGCGUCGUGCAGUGGCGGUUCCAGUACCAAAAGUACCGAGCGCUCCGGCCGGGGAAACACGGCAAGUGUCACGCGUGCGAGCGCGCGGUGCACUUCUCCUAUCGAAACUUAUGCCAGACGUGCGCGACGACGAAAAAAUUGUGCCCCGGGUGUUCGAAACCUCCCGCGGAGUCGCAGCUCGCGCGGCCGGACGAGCUGUCGGACGGGGGGGACGACGGCGAGGACGAGAGUACGGACGACGACGAGUACGAGGGCGUCGUCAUCACCCGGCACUGA